AUGUCCGACUACGACGAGCCCGACGACUACCAGCAGCGCUGGCGGCGGAACCGCGACGAGGAACGCCCACCAGCGUACCCAUCCAACAGCAGCUACCAGUACCCAUCGAAUGACGGCUACCCACCAGGAGGACCACACGGCGACUUCCCACCACCACCACUUGGCGAUAACGACUUAGGCCGCCGACCGAGCGCAUUGAAGCGAUCAGGAAGCCAGAGUCGAGUGCCCCACCUUCGCCCUGAAUUCCCCGACGAGGGUUCAUAUCUCGGCUCCCAAGCGCCCGAUCUCGAGAAGAAAGGCGGGCGUCGUCACCGCCAGUUCCGCGAUAAGAGGGACGGCUAUGAGAGUGAAGAGGGCGAGAUGUUGAAGAAGGCCGCACCGCCAUCACACGGCACGAGAGGUGGAGGUGGUGACUAUGCUGAUGAGCCUCCGCCGCGGAGACGAGGGGAUCGUUACGAUGAUCGCGGACCGCCACGGGAUGACUACGAUGAUCGCAGUGCACCGCCGUCGAGGCGCAAGACUUACGAUGAAGACCCGCCCAGGCGCAGGAGAGAUAAGGAUCGGGACCGCGAUAGAGAGCGGGACCGCGACUACGAUGACGAGCCAUCUUCUCGGCGCAAGCGAAGGGAGCUGCCAGAGGUCGAGUACGGAUCUGAUCCGGUCCCGGCGCUUAGGCGCAGGAAUAGCGAUCGUGAGCCCAGACGCCCUAAAGACCCGCGGGACGACCGAGAUCGGGACCGCGACCGGGAUGAUGAUAGAGACAGGCGAGGUGAUCGAGACAGACGCCGCCGACGAGACUACGACGACGAUGAUAGAGAUGACUACCGCGACUCGGACCGCCGCAAGCGCGGAGACGACCGCAGCGACCGGCGUCGAGGCGAGAAGGACAGAGAUCGGUCGCGACGCAGAUACGACGACGACGAAGACAGCGACUACGACGACAGGCGGAGCAGGAGGUCUGACCGCGACCGCGACCGCGAUCGGGGUAAGAGUAAGCGCAGAAAUCGCAGCGAGCCGCCGACGGAGAUGAAGGUGGGCGAUUAUGAUAUUGGGCCGUGGAUUGAUAAGGGGAAGAAGCACUACGGGACGUUGGCGCCGAUUGUUGGGCCGUUGGUGAUGAAUGCGGCGAAGAAGUAUAUGUCGAAGCGAUGA